UUAAAUGAAAUGAAAACAACAAGAUUAUCAACUACUACUACAACCACACCCGCUGGUUCAAUUGGGUCAAGAUUAUUUUCAACACCAAAGAUUGAUUCAUCACCAAUCAAUUUUGAAAAUGAAAAAGAAUUAACAAAAAAACUAGAGGAAAUUACAAGUGAUUUCAAAAAUAAAGAAAAAGAUUGGUCUUUUAGAUUAAAAUCAUUACAAGUUUUACAAAGAAUUAUAAAUGGUAAUGCAAUAGAGUUUAAAGGAUGGUCAAUGUUAUUAAGAAGUUUAACAUCGGGAUUAAUUGAACAAUUAUUGGAGCUAAGAUCAACUAUUGUAAAAGAGGCAUGUCAAUCAGUCAGUUUGUUAUGUCAGAGAAUGAAGGGUAAAUUCGAACCAUUCGCACAGUUAUAUAUACAGCCAUUAAUCAGAAUGGUCCCAGUUAAAACCACUAUUAUAGCAGAGAGCGCACAUCAAACUAUAAAGGAUAUUAUAGAAAAUGUUCAAACCAAGAAUAUAUUUCAAGUGUUUUUAGAUGGAUCAGUGGAUCAACAUAACGAACAGCUUCGUAAACGUUGUUGCGAAUAUAUUUAUAUUGUUAUCAAUAGGGCCAUCGAUUUAGAGGGUAUGAUUUUACUUUCUAGUAUACCGGCAUUGGAGAAAUCAAUUCAAAAGUUAUUAGUUGAUGCUGCUAGUGAAACUCGUCAAAUAGCCAGAUAUUGUUUUUGGUCAUAUAUUGAAUUAAACGAAAAAAGUGCAACA